AUGCUAGGCCUCCUGGGAAGCACGACCCUCACGGGCUUGAUCACAGGCAUUGCCGUGGCUCUUCUGCUGUUGGUGCUGCUGCUGGCCACCUGCCUGUACCACGGACAGCGGGACCAUGACGUGGAGAGGAACCGCCCGGCCGCGAGGAGAAACCGAGUCCGGUGGGCCCAACCUUGGCUCCUCCCGGGCCGGGGCCACCCGGGACACGCUCACUGUUUCCGUCAUCCUGGCCACGUGUCUCACACGCACCACGUGGGCCUCCACCACCAUCGCCUCCACCGACACCUCUACCACCAAGCCCACCACCAAGCCCACCUCCAUGCCCACCGAGGCCACCACUGA